AUGGUUGUUUAUUGGAAAUUUUUCAAAGUUUUCGACAAACUUAACUGCCCAAUAGUAGUAAUUUAUUGGAUACAUUUAUUCUUAAAUUUCGAGAUUCAUUUGUUUAAGUACAUUAUUCUUAUAAUUAAUUUAGAUCUUAAUUCAUUACUACAAUUUGAAUUUAUUUGCUUAACUAAAUAAAUGUCAUUUCUUGAACACCUCCUCUCUUUAAUGUUUAGUAUCCA